CCCACCUCUUCGGAUUCACAAGCCACGUCUGGGACCAGUGGGAGCCAUGCCAGCACCCCAACCCCGACUGCCAGCAGUUUUCCAGGCCCAACCACCAGCUCAGGGCACACUCUCAGCACCUCUGCCAAUCCCUCCCAUCAGCCACAGCACAGCACCUCAUCCUCCGUCCCCACGUCCCCUCUCAGUCCUAACACCAAAACCAGUACCACUAGCCACAGCAUGUCUCCCACCUCUUCCCCCAGUCAUACGGUACCGGUUCCUUUCUCAUCCUUCUUUCUGUCUUUCCACAUUUCAAACUACGACUUUAACGCUUCCCUGGAAAACUCCCACAGUGCCUACUACCAGAUGCUGCAGACAAAGAUCGUGGGUCUGUUUUCAGAGAUCUACACCAAGGAUUUUGUAGGCGUCUCCAACAUCCAGUUCAGGGAAGGAUCUGUGAUAGCCGAUUCCAUUUUGAUCCUCCGGAAUACCACUAAUGCCCAGGACGUGGAGCAAAAGUUCAAGAACGGCACCUCAGAUGCAUUCAAGCAACACGGUUUAAACAUCACUGAUGUCGACGUGCGUACAGGUACAGCCACCACUCCUUCCACCCCUCCCGGGCCCAGGGUGCCCGGCUGGGGCAUCGCGCUGCUCGUGCUGGUGUGUGUGCUGGUGGCACUGGCCGUGCUCUAUUUCCUGAUGCUGGCUGUGUGUCAGUGUCGCAGGAAGAGCUGUGGGGAGCUGGACCUCUUACAACCCCGUGACGCGUACCACCCCAUGAGCGAGUACCCCACCUACCACACCCACGGGCGCUACGUGCCCCCUGGCAGCACUAGGCGGAGCCCUUAUGAGGAGGCGUCUGCAGGCAACGGCGGAGGCAACCUCUCCUACACCAACCCCGCCGCCACCUCAGCCAACUUGUAGCGGCACGGUACCUGCCUUCCAGCCGGCGCUGGGACCCCCGGCGCUGCAGACCACGCACAGCCAGCCUCCUUGGCCCUCCUCGAGCCCCCUAACAGUUCGUCCCCGGGCCUGGAGAUGUGUGUGGGGAAUGGUACUCAGGGGGGCAGGAGUGUUCCCGGAUGAAUGGCCCAAGGGGCCUGGGAAGGCUCCCCAGGUCAUGCUGAGUAA